GAGAGCAUCAGAUACACCUGAACCGAUUGAAAACAGGUUCCUGGCAGACGGAUUAGAAGGAUCUACAGAGCAGAACAUCAGGAAACAAUCAGAGGAACAUCUGGGAGCAGCUUCAGUGAUCUGUGGUCCUCAGACGGAUCAUCCACCAGCUCACAGAGCAGGGAAGAGUUUGGAGAACCUGAUCUUUAGAUUCCCAACCUUCUCCCCUCAGAGGAGGCAGCUUCUCUGGUUUCAGAGGCUUCUGGGAUGGACCAGAUGGAUCAGGACCAGCCUGAUGUCAGGAACCAGUCGAGCAGAGAAUUUAGAGCAACAUCUGCUGCCUUCAGGACCACAUCUUCUCUAGUGAUGUCAUCAGUAGAUGGCUGAGGAAGCAGAGCUGCUGGACUGAGCGGUCCUUAUGGAUGGAGACAGAAGAAGCAGAGAUCUGCACCAACUGGUUGGGAGGAGGAAGAUCUCCCAGUUUCUUUGUUCCUUGAAUCAACAGGAAUGAUGGAUUUAUGGAGGGAAGCGAAGUGUUUGGGAAGCUGAACAUCUCCCGGAGAGAGAAGAUCACGCAGCAGCUCUAAUUGGAGACGAUGGAUCUGGCUUUAAUUGUCAGCAGCAGAGUUUGAGGCAGCAGGCGGCUGCAGCGUGUUUACAGUCAGCAGGAUCAUUAAGCCGCCGUCUGGGAUCAUCUCAGGAUGAUUAAACACUGAGCAUUUCCCCGUCAGAAGGUACUUCCUGGUUUCAGUCGGCGGCUGCAUGGAGUUAAAUGAAAAGAGCUUUAGGCUCUGAUGGUUCAUUUUCUGCUCAAACUCAGGCUGACGUUUUAUCUGAGGGAGAAACAUCUGCACACAUGUGGCUUUGACCUUCAUCACCACCAGAAGGUCUUCCUCUGGUUCUUUCAAGGUGUUAAAAAAAGAAACAAACCAGAAUCUGUUCAUCUGAGACUCAGAGCUGGAGAUCAGGAGCAGCCGCUGCCUCCUGAGGCCUUCAGUGGAUCUAAGGCCUGCUUCCUGUCUCUCAUUGCUCUCUGUGUUUCUGCAGCCGCCAAGAAAGCCCAGUGGCUGGAGAAGGAGGAGAAGGCGAGGAGGCUGAGGGAGAGCCAGCUGGAGGAGCGCAGGAGGAAACUGGAGGAGCAGAGGCUGAAGGCGGAGAAACGCCGAGCUCUGCUGGAGGAGAAGCAGAGACAGAAACUGGAGAAGAACAAGGAGCGAUAUGAGGCGGCCAUCAGGAGGUCCACCAAGAAGACGUGGGCUGAGAUCCGCCAGCAGAGGUGGUCGUGGGCCGGCGGCCUCAACCAGACCUCCCGCAGAGAAAGCAGAUGCUCGGCCUCCACGGUCAACUUGCCCAGACAGGUGGACCCUGUCAUUAACAGCAGGCUGUCCAAGUCCUCUGCCACGCUCUGGAACUCCCCCAGCAGAACCCGCAGCCUGCGCCUCAGCCCAUGGGAGAGCCGCAUCGUGGAGCGGCUCAUGACGCCGACGCUGUCCUUCCUGGCCCGGAGCCGCAGCGCCGCCACGCUCCUGAACAGCGGCGACUCGCCCUCCUCCAGUCCCUUCAACAGCCGCUCUCAUCAGCACCAGAGCGCCGCAGAGCGAUGGAGAGUUUCCUCCGCCAGCACGCCAGACAUCACACAGAGGCAGCGUCGGCGCAACUCCACCCCGGUGGACAAGAAGAAGAAGGAGAAGAAGGACAAGGAGAGAGAGAACGAGAAGGAGAAGAAUGCUCUGACAAAGGAGAGAGUGCAGAAAAAGAGACAGAUGACAUCAUCACCAAACGCCACCAUCUCCAGAUCCAGACUUGAGAGCAGCGCUCCGAGGCCCAGGAACAGACCUCCUUCGCCUGCCCCUAAGAGCCGGCCGUUGUCUCCUCUGGUUCCGGUACCGACCUCCAAGACGCCCAUAGGGAAAAAGACGCCGCCUCCUUCAGCUGUCCCAAAGAACCGACCCAAACGGGCCCAGACCCCCGCCAGAGUGCAGCCCCAAGCUGUCUCUGCAGUUCCCGUGGAAACCAGAGAUGGGAAGCAGCAGGCCGAUGAUUCAGAGGAGAAAAAGUCCUGCAGCAACCUUCCAGCCAUAGUGGUCUCCUCAGCUCCGCUCACUCCUCCGUCUCUCAGCCCCCCAGUGGUGGUGGCACCAAGCGCUCCGCCCGCUGCAGCUCCAGCUGCCGCCUCCGUCAGCACCACAUCCACCCCGGCCAGUAAACCGUCGGCCGGCACCAACGACCCGGAGGAGGCGGCCCGUGUCCUGGCAGAGAAACGAAGGCAGGCCAGGGAGCAGCGGGAGAGGGAGGAGCAGGAGCGUCUGGAGCAGGAGCAGCGCAACAGGGCUCUGCGGGAGGAGGCCAUGGCCCGCGAGGCCGAGGAGAGGAAGCGCAGGGAGGAGGAGGCCAGAUUCAUGGCGGAGCAGCAGCGCCUGAGGGAUGAGGUCCAGAGGGCCGAGGAGGAGAAGGAGGCGCAGAGGAGGGCCAAAGCCGAGCAGGAGGAGAACGAGAGGCUGCAGAAGCAGAGGGAGGAAGCCGAGGCUAAAGCCCGGGAGGAGGCGGAGCGCCAGCGCAUCGAGAGGGAGAAGCACUUCCAGAAGGAGGAGCAGGAGCGGCUGGAGAGGAAGAAGCGCCUGGAGGAGAUCAUGAAGAGGACCCGGAAGAGCGACGCAGGAGACAAGAAGGACAUCAGAGCCCCCCCGCAGGUCAACGGCUCCGAGCUGAGUCAGGCUGCUGGUAACCUGCAGGGCCCCGCGCCGGUGGCCCCUGGCCCCCCUCAGACCGGCCCCCUGGUCGUUAACGGAGUCCAGGCCAGCACACAUCAGAACGGCGUCUCAGCCAUGGGCGAUCUAGAGGCCAUGAUGACCAGCAGCCCACAGCAGCAGGGGGUGCUGGUGGCCGAUCCUCUGCUGGCCUUUGAGGGGGCGGAGCCUUACCUGAUGAAGUCGGGCGCCAUGAAGCCUCAGCAUGUGGCAGAGGUGCUGUGAGCCAUGAUGGAGGGAAGCCUGGUCGCUCCGCCGCAGCCUGGAGAUGCACGCCUCCCAGAGCGCGGCGGCUCCUGCAGCAGAGUGCCAAACCAGGGGGAGCUGAAACAUUAAACCUAACGUCUUCUCUGCGUGUUCCAGUGCAGCACCUGUAGAGUUCUGCAGACCCAGAGGACCGACCCUGGACCAGCUGCCUGGCCCCCAUUACUCUGACCGUCGUCAUGGUGUUGUUCCUGUGACCUUCAGUUGACCUUUGUGUGUGUUUGCUGUUUUCUGUCCUGAAUUGUUGAUUUAUUUAACGUCAGCGGCGCCGAGCAGGCCGGCCGCAGGUGUAAAUGUGUCUUCCUGCUACAGGAGGCCUGUGAAUAAAUAAAGCUUUGAGAAAACGGGCGGCGAC